AUGCCUCAUAAUUCAGAUUUCAUUGGGUCGCUUGGAGUAACGUUUCUUGAGCAGACCGAGGAGUUGCACAGUGAAGCAGGAGAAGGGCGAGCACAUAGAAACUUGGUCAGCGAUGAGAUUCAGGCCCACGGCGGGCCCACGCUCACCUUCUGCUUUGUUUCUUGCAGAAGCCCCGGGCAGCCUGGCGGAGUUCCACUUCUUGUCUCCGAGACAGAAGAAGAAGGUAGGGAGAGAGAACUGCCACAUGGGACUGUGGCUGGGGACUGGGGACAAAAGGAGUAUCGAGCUUUGGGGCACAUCGGCAACUUUGUGAACCAAAAAAACUGUAUAACCAAGAAGAAAAUGCACAAAAUAAAGAAAAAGGUGAAGCAUGCUGAAUAUAAGACUCGCAAAUUUAUUGCUGACCACCACUCCCACUCCAGGAGAUGGCGCAGAUCACAUUCUCUUCCUGAAAAAGAUGAAGAGUCUGAACAAUGUGCCUCAGCAGCCACUUUGACAGCAUCUAAAGGGGAAAGUAAAGAAAAUAGUGAUGAAGAAAUUGCUGUGUCAGUGGAGGAACUGGCCAUCUCUCCAACAGGUCUUUGUGAAAUCCAUGGUGUCCAGCCUGAGAAAAGAUUGAAGCUUUGCCCUUACAGUCAUUUCCAACAGCUGAAGACUGCAGAGGCAAAUAAGAUAUACCCAAUAAUGGAGAAAGAGGGCCGAACACGACUGGCCCUCAUCAUCUGCAACACGAAGUUUGACUAUCUUUCUAAUCGAGAUGGUGCUGAGGUAGACCUUUUGAGGAUGCAAGACCUGCUUAACGACCUUGGAUACUCAGUGGUUGUAAAAGAGAACCUAACAGCUCAGGAAAUGGAAACAGAGCUGAGGGAGUUUGCCCACCUCGAAGAGCACCGGUCAUCAGACAGCACGUUCCUGGUGUUCAUGUCCCACGGCAUCCUGGAUGGGAUCUGUGGGACACGGCACAGCGACAGGGAGCGAGACGUUCUUUGUGAUGAUACCGUCUUUGCAAUUUUCAACAACAAUAAUUGCAGGCAUCUGAUAAACAAGCCCAAGAUCAUCAUCACGCAGGCCUGCAGAGGCGAUGGUGAUGGGGUUGCCUGGGUGACCGCUGAAAGGAGAAAAGCCAGAGCAGACAUCCGCGCUCAUCCCUCACUGUAUUACCCACAUAGUGCACGGAGUGAUGCCGUCAUGAUGACCCACGUCGAAAAGGAUUUCAUCGCUUUCAAAUCUUCCACUCCACAUAAUGUUUCUUGGCUCACAGAUACUGCUGGCUCCCUCUUCAUUUCUCAACUCACUUACUUCCUAAAAGAAUAUUGCUGGCGUUAUCAUUUGGAGGACGUUUUUCGAAAGGUUCAACGUUCAUUUGAGACACCAACUAUCCUGACACAAAUGCCUACAAUUGAAAGAGUAUCCAUGACACGAUAUUUCUAUCUCUUCCCUGGGAUUUAAACACCUGGAAGCCUCUCAGAACUGGGGAUUGAACCCAGGCCCAUGUGC